AUGGGAGACGCCCGCCUAGCCCCAAAUUCUGGUGCCGCUGUGCCAGACACCACCGCUGCCGGAGAUGAUCAGGAGACGCAAGCAUCCUGGCUCCAGGGCCAGAACAUUGAUACAAAGGGCAGGAUCCAGCUAAACAAGGUCUCUCACGUCCGCUACCAGCACCCAGACCUCGAUGAGAUUCACAAGUUCUUGACAGACUUCGGCAUGGAGGUCGCGAAGAAAGGAGACAACGAGGUCUGGUACAGCGGAUAUGGAGUUGACCAAUACGUGUAUUAUGCACGCAAAGGGCCUAGAGAGUUCCUUGGCGGCACGUUCGAGGCGGCGUCCGAGGACGACUUCCAGAGGGCUGCACGUCUUCCGGGAGCAGGUGACAUCCAGGCCCUCGAUGACGCCCCGGGUGGUGGCCGGCUGGUCACAAUUACUGACCCUGACGGCUUUCCCGUCAACAUCAUAUUUGGCCAAGAGGCUAAAGAAGCCGGGAGCAACCCGAACAAGCUUCCACUGAACUACGGCAUGGAAAAGGAGCGCGCCCGCAAGUUUCAGAGGUUCCAGACCGGACCUGCGGCCAUCCACAAGCUUGGACACUUUGGCUUCGUGACGACGCGCUUCCAGGAGCUUGUCAAGUUUUACACGUCAACGUUCAACAUCACUCCAUCAGACUUUGUCUACGUGCCAAAGGACGGCAAGAAGGAGGUUGUCACGGCGUUCCUCCAUAUUGAUCUCGGAGACAAGCUUGUCGACCACCACACUCUGUUCCUCAGCUCCGGCCCGACCUCUCACGUCCACCACUCGUCGUUUGAGGUUCACGACUUUGACACCCAGAACCUCGGACAUCAGUGGCUCGCGCAAAAGGGAUACAAGUCCGUCUGGGGUGUCGGACGUCACGUUCUUGGCUCCCAGAUAUUCGACUAUUGGUGGGACACUACUGGCAACAUGGUGGAACAUUAUGCCGACGGAGACUUGAUUAAUCGCGAGUCCCCAAUUUCGUAUUCGCCAGCUGGGAGCGAGUCGCUUGCUGUGUGGGGGCCCGAGCUGCCAGAGGCUUUCUUGGCUUAG